CCCUCUUCUUUUCUUCCUCCACCUCACUUCACUCUUUUCACUUACCACCUUUCUCCUCCUUUUCUUGAGCCCUGUAUUUUCUCCAUCUUUGCCGGAAAAUCGACUUUUCCGUCCAUUUUCCGGCAACUUUUUUCACCACCAUCUUCAAAAUUUACCAUCUUUUUCAUAUGGGUUAAUCUUCAUUUUCUCUAAAACCCUUUAAAAAACCCACAAAAACCCAUUUUUCAUCUUCUUCAAAAACUACCAAAAACCAAAAAAAAAUGAUAACUUUACUAGAUUUAUACCAUGUUUUAACAGCAGUAGUACCACUUUAUGUUGCAAUGAUCUUAGCAUAUGGUUCAGUAAAAUGGUGGAAAAUAUUUUCACCUGAUCAAUGUUCAGGUAUUAACAGAUUUGUUGCACUUUUUGCAGUACCACUUCUUUCAUUCCAUUUCAUCUCAUCAAACGACCCGUAUUCAAUGAACUACCGUUUUAUAGCAGCUGACACACUACAAAAACUCAUCGUUUUAAUCCUUCUUUUCCUUUGGUCAAAAUUUAGCUCAAAAGGUUCACUUGAAUGGUCAAUCACACUAUUUUCUCUUUCAACUCUUCCAAACACUCUUGUUAUGGGUAUACCUUUAUUAAAGGGUAUGUAUGGUGAUGAAUCUGGUACUUUAAUGGUACAAAUUGUUGUUUUACAGUGUAUUAUUUGGUACACAUUAAUGUUGUUUUUGUUUGAAUAUCGUGGUGCAAGAUUAUUAAUAUCUGAACAAUUUCCUGAUACUGCUGGUUCAAUUAUAUCAUUUAAAGUUGAUUCUGAUAUUAUAUCACUUGAUGGUAAAGAACCUUUAGAAACUGAAGCUGCACUUGGUGAUGAUGGUAAACUUCAUGUUAAAGUUAGGAAAUCUACAAGUUCAAGAUCAGAAGUUUAUUCAAGAAAUUCAUAUGGUGUUACACCCAGACCAUCAAAUUUGACAAAUGCUGAGAUUUAUUCUUUGCAAUCUUCUAGGAAUCAAACUCCUAGAGGUUCUAGUUUUAAUCAUACUGAUUUUUACUCAUUUGUGAAUGGUGCUGGAAAAAGUGGAUUAAGUACUAUUAGUCCGAGGACUUCUAACUUUGGUAAUAAUAUUGGUUUCGAUGAAGAAACUGGUAUCAGUGGAAUGGGAAAAGGAACACAUCAAGGUGGUAGUGGCUACCCGGCUCCGCCAACUGCGGGGAUUUUUUCUCCUGCGGCCGGGCCGGGGCCGGGGGUGGGGGUUGGUGCUGGGAAGAAUAAGAAAGGGGAGAAUGGGAAAGAUCUUCAUAUGUUUGUUUGGAGUUCAAGUGCUUCCCCUGUUUCUGAAGGUGGUCUUCAUGUUUAUAGAGGUGGUGCUGCUGCUGCUGGUGUUGGUUAUAAUAAUAAUAAUAGUCAUCUUGAUCAUGCUCCUCUUCCUAAUACUAAAGAUUAUGAUGAUUAUGGAAGGGAUGAAUUCAGCUUUGGAAACAAAAAUGGUGGGAAUGGGCCAGAAGUCGACGGUCCUACACUAUCGAAGCUUGGUUCGAGCUCGACCACUGAGCUUCGGCCUAAAGCCGCUGCUCAGAGUGAAGCAAAGGGAACUUCCAUGCCACCUACUAGUGUGAUGACAAGGCUUAUAUUGAUCAUGGUUUGGAGGAAACUCAUCAGGAACCCUAACACAUAUUCUAGUCUUAUUGGCCUUUCUUGGUCCUUGAUCUCAUACAGGUGGCAUGUUGAAAUGCCUGCAAUUGUGGCCAGUUCUAUCAAAAUUCUCUCUGAUGCAGGACUUGGAAUGGCGAUGUUUAGUCUUGGUUUGUUCAUGGCAUUGCAGCCGAGGAUCAUAGCGUGUGGGAAUACAGUGGCUACCUUUGCGGCUGGGGUGAGGUUCAUCACUGGACCGGCUGUCAUGGCAGCUGCCUCAAUUGCAGUUGGGUUGAAGGGGACCCUUUUGCAUGUAGCCAUAGUUCAGGCUGCUCUACCACAAGGGAUUGUUCCUUUCGUCUUUGCUAAGGAGUACAAUGUUCAUCCUGAUAUUCUCAGCACAGCGGUUAUAUUUGGCAUGCUUAUAGCUUUACCAAUAACACUGGUAUACUACAUCUUGCUGGGACUUUUUAGAUGAGAGGGGAACUAAACUAGCAGGAGCAGCAACAGCCAACUACAGCAUGAUCAUAAAAGCUGGUGUAGAACACAGAAGAUGCUUAAGCUAGCAGUUGCACUUUACAGUAGAUUCUUACCUUUUGGCAGUUUUUUUUUUUUGGGAAGUCUCUUUUGUAAUUUAUCUAACUGGAGAUCAUAGAAGAAUUUCAGGGAUUAGAAAAGGUAGAAAGAAAAAAAAAAAAAAAAAAGAAGGUAGAUGCAAGUAAAAAGCUGACUUUGAAGAGAAGUAGGGGAAUAUUUUAUUUUUUUUGGUCUUUGAACCCCCCAUUUUAGAGCUGAAUUUGGUGCUUUUUGCUUUGUUUUGUGAAGAAAAGUAUUAAAGCUUUGUCUGUACUGAAGGUGACAUUUACCUUUUAUUUUUACCUUCACAAUCUCAAGGUUGUCCAAGUUUUUUGGUCA